AUGCUCGGCACCGAGCAUAGGUUUUCAGCGGUUAUACUUCAAUCAUUUGUUAAUCUUCUUCCUCACACCGGCCAUAUGUAUUGUCUAAAUCACUUACUUGACAACUAUAAGAAGCAGUUCAAGGGAAAAUUAUACACUGACCUAUUAUGCCAAGCUACAUAUGCAACAACUGAAAAUGGUUUUGAGACUGCUAUGAAGAAAUUCAUUAGUGAAUCUUUCAAUUCACGCAUUGUACAAACAAGGGAAUUGCCUAUAAUUUCAGUGAUUGAUUGGAUUCAAAAGAAGUUAAUGAAACAUUUGUAUGAUAGAAAGACUAAGAUGGAGCAAUACAUUGGUCCAAUUACACCAAAAAUCCAAGAAAGGCUUGAAAAACUAAAAACAAUGUCAAAAAAUUGUGUUGUCAGUCCUUCUUCAUACAAUGUUGUUGAAGUUUCAUGUCGUGGGAAGUCAUUCUCUACUGAUAUUGAAAAAAAAUGUUGUAGCUGUAGAGUUUGGGGGUUAACAGGAAUACCUUGCAUCGAUGGUAUUGCAACAAUUAUAUAUUGGAGAAGGGUGCCUGAAGACUUUGUUGAUAUUUGCUUCUCAAAAGAAACAUAUAUGAAGGUAUAUUCAACUCCUAUUAAACCAUUUCCUGACCUUAAUGAUUAUCUGGCCAAGAGUGAAUUAAAUGUUGUUGCACCUGUUAUAAAAAAACAACCUGGUAGACCUAAGAUUUUGAGGCGAAGGCAAGCUGAUGAGCCUCGAAACCCAUACAAGAAUACAAGAAUAAACAAACCGACACUUCAAAAAUCCUGA